AUGACGGUCACAUAUUCAGCAGAAGUGGCUACGGCUGGCUGGGGUUUCUUGAAACUCUUGAAAAGAUGGCAAGGUAGCAUAUACAAACUUUUAAGAUUUGAGUUUCCAAUAUACUUGACGUCAUUCUACCUUCUUGCCAUUAUCUAUCAUUUUGCGCUGGAUGACAAGAGGAAGAGAGAUUUCGAGUUUUUAGCCGAACACUGUCACGUUUUCAACAGCUCAAAAGCGCUUGCAUUUGUUCUUGGUUUUUUCGUGAGUUUCGUGAUGCAGAGAUGGACGUACGUGGUUAACACAAUUCCAUGGCCUGACCGCAUGGCUAUGUUCGUCACUGCCAACAUGAUUGGCCACAGUGAGAAGAUCAGGCUGAUGAGGAGGACCAUCAUGAGAUAUUUUUGUUUGGCAUAUUUGAUCACAAUGUCUUCAAUAAGUCCUCCCGUCAAGAGAAAGUAUCCCAAGUUCAGGAGCAUGAUUGAAGCUGGUUUCAUGUUAGAGAAUGAAUUGCAAGUGAUUGAGAGUAUAAAAGCAAAAGACAACAAGUACUUUGUUCCUCUGGCCUGGUGCACAGCUCUGGUGGCCAGGGCGCGACAGGAAGGAAAGAUCAAAGAUGAUUUCGCCGUCAAGACUUUAGUCGAUGAAAUUAACCAAUUUCGCGGACAACUUGCCAGUCUGUUUAUUUUCGAUUGGAUCCCAUUGCCAAUGGUCUACACCCAGGUAGUGACAAUAGCUGUAUACAGUUAUUUUAUUCCUGCCCUGUUGUGCAAGCAGUUUCGAUUUGGCAAUGAUAACUCUCUUUUAUACCAAGAUUGGUUUCCAAUUUUCACAUUUUUAGAGUUCAUUUUCUACAUGGGUUGGCUGAAGGUCGGUGAGUCAUUCAUCAACCCAUACGGGAAUGACGACGAUGAUUUGGAUUUUGACACUCUCAUUGACAGAAGUUUUAGGGUAACUUAUCUGAUUGUGGACGAAAUGCAUAACGAACAUCCUGAAUUGAUUAAGGACCAGUAUUGGGAUUCAACUUUCAUCGAAUCAGCACCAGCAAACGCUCCAAUGCGAAGUCGCAAAUCUUCUUAUCUGGGAUCAGCUUUAGAACUUCAGUAUGUAAUAUUUCCCUUUCUACUUGAUAGCCUUAGUUUAAAUUAG